AGAAAGAAAAAGAAGAAGACUUCCUUUUUUGUGUUUACAAAAUUCACAUUAACCUUCUCUCCCCGUGACUUCCUGCCCAAAUCCGUGGAAAUGGCUACAAUUUCGUCAAAUGAGGAGCCUGGGCUGCAGCAGAUUGACCUCAUGAAGCUGAAUCUGCAGCAAUUGACGCAGCUAAAGAAUCAGCUGGAUCAGGAACUGGGAGUAUUCCAGGAGUCCCUGCAGACACUAAAGAUGGCCAAGAGUAAAUUUAUGGGUUCCAAGGAGAGUUUGGAGCAAUUUAAGCCUGAAUGGAAGGAUCAGGAGCAGCCUGUUCUCGUCCCACUCACCGGGAGCAUGUACGUUCCGGGAAUCAUUAAGCAAGUGGAUAAUGUUAUCAUUGAUGUUGGCACAGGGUACUAUGCUGAAAAGGACGUUGCGGGAGCGAAGGAUUACUUCAAGCGAAAAGUUGACUUUGUGCAGGAGCAGGUGGAGAAGAUUGAGUUGUUGGGCUUUGAAAAAUCCAAAAUUCGCGAUGCCAUCAUGGAUGUGAUGGAAAUAAAGCUGGCAGCGCUUCAGAAGCCAUCCUAAAUUCGCCUAAGGAAGCAUCAAAAACUCAUCUUUCCUUCCAUAUCAAGGAAAUCCUCUCACAAUGCACACGAUAAGAUUACUAAAUUACAGUUUAUUCGCUUUGAAAUGUC